CCUCCUCUUUGCAGCAGCUUUUGACAUGUUUUGAUCCUUCGGGUGCAAACAGCCGUGCCAUGCGGAAUGCCAUGUGGCACAGAGCUCCUGGAUCCAGAUCCGGCCUCUUUGCAGUGGUCGCUGGAAUCUCAUGUGUGGCGAUUUGCUUCACAGGUGACGGGCGCGGGCCGCACCGAACGCGGGUUGGCUCGCAUGCGGAACCGACUAGAGGGACCAAGGUGACACAGAAGAACUUCGAGACGCCGGGCUGGAAAGGUGGCAAGGGCCGCGAAAUCCCCAAGGGCUUUGAGAGCUGGUCCGACUACACCAGGUAUGCGCUAGAAGGCAUCAAGGUCAAUGGGCCCGUGGGUCCCACUGCUGAUCAAGCAAAGAACAAAGACUAUCGGCCGACGUCUUUGGUGGACCGUAAGAGGUCGAUGGGCGUGGACUUUGGCCCGUCCUUUGUGGGCUUAGCACUCUCGCUAGGCGGGGUGAACACCAUGCCGAUGGGCACGCUCCGCACCGGGGAGGACUGGAAGGAGCUGGCCAUCAAGAUUGCCAAGAUCGCGAGUACCCAGCGUGUCAAGGACAUCGUCGUGGGUCAGCCUUUAGAGCGCGACGGGUCCGAGGGAAAAAUAGGCAAGCUGGUGCGAUACUUCGUUCAGGUCUUGGCGGACGCGUGUUUGCUGAUGCUGGGGAACGAGGUCACCGUGUACAUGUGGGAUGAGCGUUUCUCCACCACCUACGCCGCCAUGCGCCUGGGGAACCGCCCCCGCUUCGAUGGCGAGGCCUUCAAGCGGUGGAUCACCGUGCGGCAGGGCCUCAACUGGGGCGCCAAGGCCUUGUUGGACUCCGAGGCCGCUCGAGCGAUCUUGGAGCACUGGCUGUCAAAGGAUGAGCGAAGUGAGAUCAUCAACAAGGAGCUCUCCGAACGUGUCGCUCCGUCCCGAGAGGCUUGCAUGAGGUAUUUGAAGUAUCGCAAGGUGAGGGCGGCCUUGCCGCCUGCGAAGGAUCUUCAGCCUGAGGAGCCUGCUGGCCCAGGGAAAGAAGCCUGGGAGUGGUACGAUCGUCAUCCCGAGAGCUAUGAAGUGGAUGAGGAAGAGCACCAGAGCGCCACAAGCGCCUUCAACGACUACAUGGCAGGCUUAGACGGCUUCGGGGACAAGGAGCGCGACGCUGAGAAGCGGCGCGGCGAGCGCCGCACUGCGCGGCGCGAGGAGCGCCGCGUGCGGCGGGCGCGGCGGGCGAGCGACCGCGAAGCAGAGGAGGUGCUGCAAGAGAGGGUGGAUCAAUCCCAGAAGGAUUACCAGGGCAUGAAACUGCCCAAGGAGAAGUGGAACAAGUACCGGUGAAUCGCGACGUUUUCCCCAGCACCCUGCAGCAGCCUGCGCAGAA